UCAGGGCUCUACAUCGUUCACGGUUAGUGAUUAGGAUUAAUCUGUAGUCGCAUCUAUCGUCCAUACAACCGCGACCGUCGGCGCAUGAUCGAAAACGGCCCAGUCAGUCAGUACCUCGGGAAACACUGUAGCAAACAUACGUAUCGCUCAGUGCUCGUGGGACGGAAAAUCAGCUAUGACUGACUCCUUUGAAUUCCCGCCAAGCCUCUAAAAUACACACGAAACGAAAAUAUUGUCGUAUUCUCCAAUGUUUUGAAUAACAACGUUGUUUACGACUCUUGUGACGUUAGUGUGUUAUCGCAGUCGUGAGGAGAACUACCUGUGAGACAUUAUCACAAAAGAAAAGAAAAAAAAACUAGUACCAAAACCAAAAUGAGAGAGGAUUUAGAAACAUCAGCUUUAAAUGAAAGGAUAUUGGAGUUUAAAAGCGACCCGGAAAAACUUCGGCAGGCGUCUGAAUUCGUUGAUGAACUUAUACAGCAAGCCAAAAAAGAGGCAGAAUUAAAACAGAAAGAGAAAGACAAAAGCAAAUUAUUCGAAUCUCAAGACCCAGGUGUGGGUAAUAUAAAGAAGAGGUUGGGUCGUGCCCGUGGUUUCGUGCUUCGUAUGUUCGACGUGCUAUGCAACUGUACGCAGACGGCCGCUGCCGCAGCCCGCACAACUGCUCGCAACAAUCCUUUUACAAAACGCUAAACGUCUCUAAUACAAUUAAUUAUCUUAUACAUGGUAACGAGACCAUAAUUACAUUAUGUGGAUCGAAUCAGAUCUCUGAAACGCUAAA